AUGACAACAAAUAAAACAAGCUCAAUCAGCAUUCCAGAAAAUCAAGGGUUUGCCCAAUAUUGUAACAACAGAGAGAAAGAUACAACAACGACCAAUGAGACUCAACAAAACCGAGACACGAGUGAAUUUUAUGACAACAAAGAAGCAAAAGUUACUACCAAAGAGAAAUUACCAACAGAAAGCACUGACAAUACUAUAUCGAACCAAGAGACAAAACAAUCAGAAGAAGAUAUCAAGACCAAUUUUAACAACCAUGAUUCAGAAAGUAGAAACACAGAACAAGAAAAAGAAUAUGAAUUGAAUGACCACGUAAUUGUAAGAUACAUCAACAAAAAGAAAUGGAAAUAUUAUAUAGGUAUCAUAGAAAACAUAAACAUGGAAAAUGAAGAACCUUGUACUAUUAGAUUUUAUAAAACAGCUAAAAAACCGUCGUUACGGUUCCUUUUGACACGAAAGCUUGACAGGGACAUAGUUCCCUCUAUAUGUAUUGUCAAGAAAGUCAAUUUGAUACAAAAACCAAAUUAUUCAAAGGAGUUCUUUCUGUCCUUGGCUGACGAUGAUGUCGUGGAAUUAUUUACGUAA